UAUGUUUUUUUAUUAUUUAUUUACAAAAGCUAACUUAGAUACUGUAAUUGUUAGUUUUUUUGUUGAAUUUUAGAAAUAGAAAAGUUUUAGAAAACACCAUUUCCAAUCAUGAUGCGAAAUAUUUAUUAUCUCCCUGGGAGCAAAUGUAUGACAUUGCAGACGAAAACGUUCUACAAGAACACACAAGAGGAAAUCUGCGUCAUCGCUCCCAAGAGUCUUGAAAGACCGUUAAAAUACGUUCAAUACGUUGAUCGUGGCACAGAUAAUUUGAUGCCCCCUUAUCCGAAUGCGGUUUUCUCUGGCAAUCUAAGAGAACUGCCCAAUACCUGUGGUCAAUGUGGGAUUUGCUUUCGUGGAGAGACAUGCAGUCCAUCUUCCGCACAUGGUACAAGUGGUGGAAAAGACACUGGCGGUUAUACUUGUGGCGGAGGCGAUACAAAUGCAUGUUGCCACAGAAAGAAGAGAAAACGGCUUAACAAGAACAGCUUUCCUUACUGUGUGAACGACAACGUUUUCAUCGAGCAUCACGGGAGGUUCAUGAAGGCACCGAAAGAACUACUGAUGAAUUCCGAAUACAAAACGAGAACUUGCUAUUUGGAAGACCCUUGGUCAAUUAAUGUCAACUCACUUCUUGAUCUGUCGAUAAUGCUUCAGAAAAUUUGUACGUACAUCGGCAGAGUGAUGAUUGGAUUUCUUGGAGGAGUGUGCCUUGUUGAAUUAUUGCUUGUUAUGUCAUACAUGACAAAAAGUGAAUAUGAAAAGUUUUAUGAAUACUAUGUCAUUUACAGUACAAUGUCAAAUCAAAUACAUGACUUGUUGUAUGUUUUAAUGACAAUAACACUAAUCUCUUUGUUUGACUGGCUGGAUUUAGGCCAUUGUGACAGCAGGCAUCUCACUGACAGCUUUCGUUUUAGAAAAUUGACAUAUUUGACGUGCAUUUAUGUAAUGUCUUUUCUAAUUCUUCUCUCUUUGGAGUCCGUAUGCAAUCAUAUUUCAUUCAAAUAUGACAAUGACAUAAGCAAAUCCAUCAGCAGGAUGGAAGUUGAAACUGAUAAAGAACUCUUAGAGAGUGUGGACGUAUUCAAUUCAAUGUCAGUGACCAAGGAUGCGAUACUCCUCCUAGCUUACAUGGGCCUAGUUUCAACGAUGACUGAUGACUUGUUCCUCCUCCAUUUGAUGUCUCUGAAGAAAUACCAGACAACAGAUAGAGACCAUUUCUAUGAAAUUUCAAAAUAUUCUGCAGACCCACUCUGCACAUCAUUAUUGUCGGGUGUUAAUUGAACAAUUGGAAUCGGCAAAAAAGUGUUCUUGUCAUGACGUUUUUAAACGAUAUUUUAUUUUUUGGAUGUUAAUGAAAAACUGCCUAAUGGCAUAGUGUAGAAAUAGAUGAAGUCAGCAUA